AUGUCCUCGACAAAUUCCCCGUCGUCCCUCUUCCAGGUGUACCUCCGCCUUCGACCUCCAAUCUCCCAACAACAGGACGAUUUGCCUGAACGUUGCCUGACUGUAGAGGGGCCCGACGCCUCACAUUCGAUCAAUAAUGGCCCCAACGCAGUGGCCCCAACUCAUAUCACUUUACAGCCCCCCAGUGAUUCCCGAAAGCGCGGUGUCGAGAGAUUUGGAUUUACUCAAGUAUUCGACGACUCAGCAUCGCAACUCAAUGUUUUCGAGGACACUGAACUACAAUCGAUAAUCAAGGGCGUUUUGAUUGAGCAGAGAGAUGGGCUGGUAGCAACACUAGGGGUGACAGGAAGUGGCAAGAGCCACACAAUUCUAGGCUCAAAGACGCAAAGAGGAAUCACUCAGAUGAGUCUUGAUGUGAUCUUCAAGUCUUUGGCCUCCACAAUCAAACCAGCCGACAACACCAUUCCUCCCAUUCUUUUAGCUUCCGUGGCUGCAUCGGACACAUCCGAAUCGCAGAUGUUCGCAGCGCAUACUUUUCUUGAGGCUGUAUAUGGUGAACCCGGCGCCGACCGUGGAAGAAACUCCAGGGCCCAAACACCUACUAGUUCUGGAAGAGCUCACACUCCAAUGGCGGAACCCACGCCCGCUCUUAUCUUUCCCCGCCGCCAUGUGCCUAUGAGAGCUAGCACUUUGCCACGAUCACCGGAUGUGAACCAUUUAGCACUCGAAUUGAACCCCCAUUCCGAGUACAUCGUUCUGGUGUCAAUGUAUGAAGUUUAUAACGACCGGAUAUUCGAUCUUUUAUCGCCAGCCAUUGUGCCCGGCCAGGGAAGUGCCGUUUCACGCCAGGGAGCAUCAUCUCAGAAGGAUCGACGGAAGCCUCUGUUUUUCAAGCCAACUGAGGGAUCCCCUGACCGGAAAGUUGUUGCGGGGCUGCGAAAAAUCGCCUGUAGUGCCUAUGAAGAAGCAUUGGCAGUCCUCGAAAUAGGCCUUACUGAGCGUAAAGUGACGGGAACUGGCUCCAAUAGUGUCAGCUCACGUAGUCAUGGCUUCUUCUGCCUGGAAGUGAAACGAAGAAUGCGAAACAAGCGGACUGGCGAGGAGACUUGGAUAGGAAAUACCCUUACUGUCGCAGAUCUUGCAGGAUCCGAGCGAGCAAGAACUGCAAAGACCGCCGGUUCUACCCUCGCCGAAGCGGGCAAGAUCAACGAAAGCUUGAUGUACUUGGGCCAGUGCUUGCAAAUGCAGAGUGGUGUUCAGGACGGAAAUAAGGCGGCUAUGGUUCCUUACAGACAAUGUAAACUUACGGAACUACUCUUCUCCAACUCUUUCCCAUCAAACAAUUCAUCAACCAUCAACCGGAACCCGCAGAAGGCUAUUAUGAUUGUAACUGCGGAUCCAUUAGGAGACUAUAAUGCAACUUCACAAAUCCUACGGUACUCAGCCCUGGCACGAGAAGUUACUGUUCCUCGGGUGCCGUCUGCCGAGUCGGUAUUAUCAAGCACUCUCGGGUCACGAAAGGAAUCCGGUGGGCGCCAAUCGCCACAACCUGAGUUGGCUGAAGGGCUGGAAAAGGCGUUGGUCGAAAUCCAGCGGCUCACGGCAGAGAACGAUAGACUCAAUCUACGGCUGACAGAAGAGGAAAUAUUGCGGGCUGAGACAGAAACUGCACUUAUCGUAAGCGAGGACAGAUGCCUUCUAAUUGAGCAGGAAGUGCGAGAAGAAUGCUGGGUUGAAAUGGAUGAGAGAAUGGAACAGGAAAGAAAGAGAUGGCAAAGCGCGUGGGAUGAGCAGACCGGCCGCACCGAUGACCACAUAGACAAGAAGAUUGAACUUCUGUCUCGAGGUUUCCAGAGUAAGCCAACACUAUAUCCAAUGAGACCCAUACCAGCGAUGUUAACGGUCCUAUCACCAGUCCACGAAGAUCCGCAACCUUCCUCUGAUGAACAAGUGGAAGAGCUCGAGUUCGAAAACGAUCAACUGCGCAGCAAGAUUACCGCACUGGAGCGUGAAUUGAACUGCAGAUCGCCGUCGAAGAAAUCCAAAUCCAAGAAGACUGCACUGGAGACUUCCCGCAACGCUAAUUUCCUCGGCCGCGAAAGCGACAUUGAAGUAGCGCUGCGCAAGAUGGACCACCUAAAACUGGCGGACAGCAUGUUCAAGGGUUCCCCUACUGCUGAUUCUCCCGGGAAGAAGCAGAGGAAAAUUUCAACUCGAAAAUGGGACCUUGCACCGGAGGACGACCUCGAAGAACUCCGGUAG